AUGGUUACUCCUCUCAAACAGCCUAUCGUGUUCGAGCUGGAGGGCUUCUACGUACCACGAGGCUACGGCGCCUUCUUGUUCUUCCUGGCUCUGUUUCACUACAUGGUUGUGCUGUUGGCAAACGGCGUUGUGCUGUGCGUCAUCGUCAUGGACAAGAGCCUGCACAGACCCAUGUUCGUAAUGGUUUGUAACCUGGUAGUCUGUAAUCUGCUUGGGGCUACGGCGGUGCUGCCUCGCCUCAUGAUGCACUUCUUGACGGGCCAGAAGAAGAUCGCCUACAUCCCGGCCAUCGCCCAGGCCUUCUCUGUUCACACGUACGGCUUCGCAGUGCAGACAAUUCUGGGUGUGAUGGCCUAUGACAGGUACAUUGCUGUGUGUGAACCACUCAGGUAUAACGCCAUCAUGACAUCGGCGCGGCUGUACUGCUGCUGCGCCCUGGCCUGGUUUGUCGCUGUGCUGUGUAUUGCUGUGCUCUUCGCCUUCCACAUGAAUACUCCACUGUGUGGCAACACCAUCAAACACGUCUACUGCAGCAACCGUUCUAUCCUGAGACUGGCCUGCAGUCCCACCCCAAUAAAUAACAUCUAUGGUCUGUCCAUGACCUGGUUUUUGAAUGCAAGCAUCUUCCUCAUCAUUGCUUUUUCCUACAUCAGAAUCCUGCAUGCUUCUGUAAAACAAGGCAGAGCCGACAACGCUGUCCGCAGUAAGGCCUUCCAGACGUGCACACCGCACCUUGUCGUGUACGUGCUCUACGGAAUAGCUUCAGUGGUCAUAAUUGUGAGUCACAGGUUCCCCUCGCUCUCACAGAAUAUCAAGAAAUUCUUCAGCAUCCUGCUUAUCAUAAUUCCAACAGCCAUUAACCCCAUUAUCUACGGACUGGUCAGUAAAGAGUUACGUGCUAGCAUCAUCAAGCAUUUUACCAAGUUACAAGUACGUCACAAAAAAUGA